UUGCAUCGUGUCAUUUGGACCUAGCAGAAUCGGUGCUAGAUAUCGUGUUUUUUUAUAGGAAACUUGUCCAUAUUAUGUCAAUAUAGACCCACGGCCUAGGAGACAUUGAAGCAUUCCUACAUGCUAAUUGUUGCAUCUUUCAGGGUAAUAUGAUCAUUUGGCGGACUAACUCCUUUUUGAGUGGCUUUUGAGGAAAAGAAGUGAGAAAUGGACUUGAAGAGAAAUAUUAGAGCGUAAAAAAAAAAAAAAAAAAAAGGAUUUUUUCCUUGAUCCUGUCCAUUUUGUUCCAAAAAUGAAAAUUCCAAAAAAAAAAAAAAAGUCUCAUGCGUAGUAAAUCCAAAAAGAUUUUUUUUAAAGAACAGAAAAAUCUACAAAAAUUCGCACAACUUUUUCAAGGAAAAAAAAAAUGAAACAUGAUCCAAUCAAGUUUUGCCACCUCAACAAGAUUCCCUCUCAUCAUAAUUUUUGUCUCCAUUACACAUGUCACUCUCAGUUUGUUUCUUGGAGAGAAAUUCUCACACAAUUGUCACUCAUUUUGGGCACACCAGCCACCUAUACACACUUUUUACUCUCACAAUCAAUACAUACACAAUGGCACAUUCAAUGGAUAUUGCUUAGUAAAGUGCCUAAACGCAGCUUCAGUUUCAUUAAAGAUAUGGAGAUUGCUGAUCGAGUCAUACGCAUUCUCGGAGGACGAGUUAUUUUGCCAUUGUUGACAUUGGGAGGAAUCGCUUUUUUGAUAAAUUAUUUCUACGGGAGACCAACAAGGAUAUCUCGAUCAGUUAAAAAUCUCAAAGUGAAAUCUUCGGCAGAGAUAAAAUGCAUACCAAUCGAUAUGAAGAUGCUCAGAAACAUUAGGCAGUUAAGCUUGUCACUGUUCGACUUGUAUGACUCUGACAUACUCAAUAUUUCCCUCCUCUUGGGUGCUUGUCCUCUUCUUCAAUAUCUGAAUUUGACGGUGGGUUAUCCAUAUUCAUUUCUUUAUGAAGUAAGAGAAUUACAAAUUGAUGGCAUUAAGAAGAUGCAAAGAUUACAAUUCUUUUUUUUUUUUUUUUUUUUUAAUACUUCGAUAUUCUAGAUAUCCUCUGCUUGGUCUUUUAUAUGUAUGCUAGGGAAAGUAAUACUAUUAUUUUCCAAUAAGUCAAGUAUAUGAGCGUUUAGUUUGUUGCAUGAGAGAAAAUACCUUUC